UCGAAGGCUAGCUGUCUCCCAGCCUGAAGCCUCUUGAUAUGGCUAGAAUGCCAGGUAGCUUUGAGCUCUGCCUUCUUCUCCAAAGCCUUGUCUUCUCCUUGGGCCAGUUGCAAGGUCCGCCAGGAGAACCUGGACCGAGAGGCCCCCCCGGUCCGCCCGGUGUGCCAGGAGCAGACGGCAUUGACGGUGAUAAAGGUCCACCUGGUGCAGCAGGCAGUCCUGGGACCAAAGGAGACCCAGGCCUGCCAGGACCAAAUGGAGCUUCAGGAAAACCCGGAUUAGCUGGCCUUAUGGGAGCCAAAGGAGAGCCAGGCCACGCUGGUAGACCAGGCCCCAAAGGCCAGCCUGGACUUCCUGGACCACCUGGGCUCCCAGGACCCGGGCUUCCAGGACCUCUGGGCCCCCAAGGUCAAGUUGGUCUUCCUGGAGAAAUGGGUCCCUUGGGAGUUAAGGGGGAACGUGGACCAGAUGGACCUCAAGGGCCUCCAGGGCCUCCUGGGAAGCCAGGCCCGCUCGGUCGUAUCCAAGGAUCGGAAGGCAGUGCUGAUUUUGUGUGUCCAACCAAUUGCCCACCUGGGCAAAAGGGACCUCAAGGUUUACAGGGGCUGAAGGGACACAGAGGCCGAUCGGGAGCCCUUGGAGAGCCUGGAAGACAGGGCCGGCCGGGUCCAGUGGGUGACGUGGGCCUGUCCGGAGAACAAGGGAUUCCUGGUCCUGCUGGUCCAGAAGGUCCCAGGGGGUAUCCAGGAAUGGCAGGGCCAAAAGGCGAGAUGGGUCCUCAGGGUUACAAAGGCAUGACCGGGAGCAUCGGAGCUGUCGGUCCCCUGGGUGAAGAUGGUCCCAGAGGACCUCCAGGACAAGCUGGUGAGAAGGGAGAGCGUGGUCCUCGUGGCUUCAGGGGUUCUCAGGGAGAAAUGGGCCCCAAGGGAGCACGAGGGCUCCCUGGGAUUGAUGGCAAAGACGGUAUCCCUGGCAUUCCUGGAGUGAAGGGAAGCACGGGGCAGCCAGGCCUUCCAGGGCCUCUGGGACACAGAGGACUAGCUGGUUUGCCAGGCACACCUGGGAGCAAAGGUGGCCCUGGGCAGAAGGGCGAGCCAGGCAGACGUGGCCCACCAGGCUUACCUGGGCUACUUGGAAAAAUUGGAGAGCUGGGUCCACCAGGAGCAGUGGGUCUUCAAGGUGUCGCUGGUGUGAAAGGAGAUCAGGGUGAGAGGGGACCUACAGGACCUCCAGGGCCACAGGGAAAAGCAGGCCCAAAAGGAGAGCAGGGUCCCUCUGGAGUUCCAGGCCCACAAGGACUCCCAGGAGUUAAAGGCAGCAAGGGCUUCCCAGGAAAAACCGGAUCCAAAGGUGAUAUUGGGGAUCCUGGUGUUGAAGGCCUUUCUGGAGAAAAGGGGCAGAAGGGUGAAUUGGGUGAGCCAGGACCAAGGGGGCAGGAAGGUAUCCGUGGGGAGCCUGGUUUUCCUGGACCUCCUGGGGAUGCCGGAGCACCUGGAGUCAGAGGUUUCCCAGGGCUUCCUGGUCCUCGAGGACUUAACGGGGAACGUGGUGUGCCUGGAAUGCCUGGACCGCAAGGUGCCCCAGGCAGGGACACAGGAGAUCAGCAUAUCGUUGAUGUCGUCAUAAAGAUGCUACAAGAACAACUGGCGGAGUUAGCCGUGAGUGCAAAAAGAGCAACUUUGGGUGGAAGUGGCGUGAUGGGGCCACCUGGCCCUCCAGGGCCUCCUGGAUCACCUGGCCCUCAAGGCCCCCAUGGACAUCCUGGUUCCCGUGGUAUUCCAGGAGUCGCAGGAGCUGCUGGACAGAUAGGCAACACUGGGCCCAAAGGAAAGUUGGGAGAGAAAGGAGACCAGGGAGAACCUGGCCAUGGACAUCAAGGGAUGCCAGGGCCUCCAGGCAUACUAGGUCCCCCCGGUCAGCCUGGUCAAGCUGUCAAUGGCAAACAUGGAGAGCGAGGUGUUCCUGGUGCUCCAGGAGAAGCAGGACGUCCUGGUUUACCUGGGCCUCCUGGCCUUCCUGGGUUCUGCGAGGCAGUUGUUUGCCUUGGGGCCUCUGCCUCAGCUCAGCUGACUGAAGUAGGUUCUGUCAAAGGACCUUCCUACUGAACGUUGUCAAGUGAAAGAUCAGUUCCAUGGUUGACAUCAUUGAUUCAGCAGAAGCUUCGCUCCUGGCACUGAGCAGUGAACACACCAGGGCUGGGGCACAAAGAGAUGGGGAAACCACCAAUCCAAAACCUCUUGACAGAUGAGAAACCUUUGCUUGGAUUUGGGUAUCCAUUUAUAUCCAUCCACCUUUGCUGGUGAUAAGACACUUAGAUGUUCUGAGUGGCGCCAAAUGGAGAUUCACAUCCAUGCAAAAACUGCUGUUCUCUCGGGUCAAGCCUGAGCUUCUCUUCGGAAAAUUGCUUCUUUUUUAUUUAUAAGGAAUUGUAGAG